AUGACCGGAACUUUGCUUAAUAGUUUUAUAAGAAGUACCAAAAAGCUACCGUUUGAUCAAAUUUUUAAAGUUUCAAUACCCAAACCAGCUUCCUGUUCUGCUCAAUCAUUCCAUUCCACCUCGCUAAUUAAGAACCGAUAUUGGGGGAAUAUGAAUAGUGAAGCAUUAUUACAAAAAUCACUAACCAAUAAAUUCAAUAAUCUCAAUCACGGCUCAAAUUUACACAACGAUAAUUAUUUGAGAUGUACUGUCUUCAAUAAACAUGGUUCCUUGGAUCAUUUAUCUAUCGACAUAAAGCGAAAGGACUUGAUCUUGAAAUAUAAAUUGAUGCCCCGCGAUAUCAGAAAAAUAAACUACGAGCCAACGCUAUCGACCAGUUUGGUACCCUACAUUUCUGUGAGAAACGAUUUUAUCUUGAUAAACCUUUUGCAUAUAAGGGCGUUGAUCAAGAGUGACUCCGUUCUUUUGUUUGAUCGAGCUCUCGGGUCAUAUGAAAAGGAACAGUUAUUCCAAGAAUUGCUGAUAAAAUUAAAGACCAGCCAAAUUCCAAACGAGCUCCCAUACGAAUUAAAGGCGCUUGAGGCGAUUCUUAUGUUUGUUACCCAUUCGCUAAACCAAGAAAUUAAGAUCCAUAGAAGCGUGACCCAAAGCAUUCUUAAUGACUUGGAAAACCAUGUGCAUACCGAGAACCUCCGAUUAUUAUUAGACCAAAACAAGAAAAUUACUGGGUUUUACCAAAAAGCAACAUUGAUCAGAGACAUCAUUGACGAUCUACUAAGUCAGGAUGAUUUGUUGACUGGGAUGUAUUUGACCACCCCGAGAUCAGGUUUACAAGACCACACAGAAGUGGAGAUUUUGCUCGAGACUUAUUAUAAGCACUUUGAUGAAGCGGUACAAAUUGUCGAGGAAAUUACAAAUAAUAUCAAAACAACACAGGAAAUUAUUAACAUUAUUUUAGAUUCUAAUCGUAAUCAGUUGAUGUUGUUGGGAUUGCGUUUUUCUAUUGGAAUAUUAUUUUUGGGAUGUGGCAUCUAUGUUGCCAGUGUUUAUGGGAUGAACUUGGAGAAUUUCAUGGAGGAGGAGAAUUAUGGGUUCGGCUUUGUUAUAGGUGUAACUACAUUGUUGGCAAUAAUAUUGUUUUGGAGAUCGAUUAAUAAGCUACACAAAUUAGAGAGAAUAGCCAUCAGUGGAAGCAAAUCCAUGCCAAUACAUUCACAUCAACAUUUUCAUCCGAGAUGUUGA